AACUUGUGGGUUGUGAGUUGGGGAAGGAGGUGAAGCCACUCCACGGAAAAAAUGCUUUUCAGCACCACUUCGUUCCUCCCAGGCGGUUGUUGUGUUGCGUCCCUCAGGAAGGAUUCUGGCAAACGCCCCCAGAGGUGGUUGGGUAUUUAGCCUUGAACCCUAAAGCCGGAGAGUUGGAAGGGCUGCUUGAGGACGCUCAGAUCAACCCUCUGCUCAGUGCCGCAGCCCAGAUUUAAGCGGUCCGGCCGGGGAGCUGUCCAGCACUUCUCCGGUCGCUGGUUCCCCGUCCAACGGCUUACUGUUGGCAGUGUUUCCCGUCGUUCGGUCUGAGCCAGCCUUCCUGUGGCUUUAACCCCGUGUCCCAAGUCCUGCGCUCCAGUCGGAGGGGACAGGCCUUGGCCUGUGCCCGGGUGUCUGGAGAGAGCGCCUUUCCUCAAGGCCAGCCGCCCAGCUUCGUCGCUCUCUGCUCCUAGGACUGUGUUUCUAGCCCACUGCCUUUCUGUCAGCCCAUUUCUCUGCAUCCUGCUUAAUGAUUACUUCCUGUAAUUUGGAAAUCGCUCUAUCAUUGAUGUAACCUAAAAUUGCCUUUGCCUUUUUUUGCAGCCACAUCACGCUGCUGGCUCAUUUUAGCUUGCAAUCAACUCCCAUUCAGAGAUCUGUUUGCAAUUAUUAUUCCCAAGCCAGGAGUCCCCAUCCAGUACUUGGCUAUUGGAUUUCUUUCUCCUCAGUCAAGAACGCUGCAUUUGUCUGUUAAAUUUUAUUAUUUGUAGCCCAGUUUUGGUUGUUGAUGGUCUCCCCACUUGCGCCACCUCAGGGCUGCUCCCGGCUGUUGAUCGCAGAAGAGCUUUGCAGAGAAGGAUAUUCAGGCAAAGGUCGAGGUUGUGAUUUGGUUUUAUUGCUUGCUCUCUCAAGCACUAUUUGGUGGUUCUAGAUCAAACAAAUACUUUCCCUGGCUUCUUUCCACAAUCCAAUGGCAGGUGGGCUUGGCUUGCACACCAUCCCAGUUGUGUUCUCUAAGUAACGCAUGGGAAAACUGUAUUUCCUCAAUACAUAAUUUUUUACACUGCACAAGGAAACGGAUCGGUGAGUGGCUGUGCCUUGACACCAAGGCCUUUGCAACUAGAGAACGGGAGGAGAGCAGAAGAUGAAUGCUGGAGUUUCACGUGGGAUUGCACGUGCGUGUCUCACAGAUCCUUCUCAGCCAACUAACUCCUUCCUCAGUACCUUUCCCUAAAGAAAAGCCAACAGCCCGACUGCUAGACCGCUCUGCAGGGUUGCUGUAACCUCACUGAUUUAGCCAUAACCUCCAACAAAAUGAGCAUAACAACACCAGGGUUCCUCGCAGUGUAUAAUGCUCCUGCUUGUUGCAUCGGGCUUCUCAGAAAUCAGGUGCUUUAUCUGCAGGCACCAGCGAAUUCAACAGAAGAGAAACGCUCUCCGACAUCCAGGGAGAUUGCACAGGACUCUCGGCCGGAGGCUCACGGACAAGAGCUGCAGGAUUUCCUGGCCGCUCACGGCUCAUCAAGGCUCCAGCCCCCUCACCGGCUGAGGCUCUCUCUGGCAACCGGGAUGGCUGUGGCCUGCGAGGAAGACGCCAUGAGAACAACUGGUGGCCACCAACACGAAGAAGCUGCUCCUUGUACCCUCUGGAGUUUGAUUCCGCCUCUCCCUGGUUUCCUGGACUUUGCCUUGCACUUUCCAGCCUUGGAGCUGAGCGACCGUCAGUUUGCUUAUCGAUCGAUGGAUCUACGCAGUUAACAGGUCCGGCCAGCCUCUCACAAGCAACUCAGAAAGAACAACAAAAGACUCAAAAGGAAUUGGAUCGUAAAAGAUCGCAGAACCCGGAGCUCUUCCGCUGAAGCCCUCCAGCCAUGGAAACCAUGAUCCUGGCCUGCUCCAAAGACCUCCUGAGCCAGUGCCUGGAGGGAAGCCAGUUCCUGACAGCUUUGCAAAAGGCGGGCGGGGUCAAAGCCCCUGCCUCUGGGGAGGGAUGCUGUGCCACAGGGCCAGGGGAGUGGCAGGGGGCCCGUCUCCUGCCUCCCCGAGGCAGUGCUGAGUAUGCAGGACAGCCCCGCCCGGCCAGCUGUGCUGCACGGAGAGAGGGGGUCCUGCUAGCCCCCAGGCCCAGCUGACGGAGCCAGGAGCUCGUGUCCACCCAAACCCCUACAUCUGCGCCACACGCGGAACUCGCUUCCCAGGACAGGAGGGGGGCGGCUCCCCAUGCUGGCCUUUCGGGAGGCUUGGACACCUCUCUUGCAGUUGCUCGUAGUCCUUUUUGCCAAAAUGAGUAUUUAAUUCUGUCUUAAUAUAAGUUUUUACAAUGUUUGCAUACAUAUUAGAAUUUUGGCAUUUUGUAUACCAUCUUGGGGCAUCAGUGAUGGUGGCUUAAAAGUCGGACCGAGUCAAAGAGUAACAAAGUCCCAGAUCCUGAGGAUGCCCACCCAAAAGUUCUCAAAGGACUCAAAUGGCUGAUGUUCCAGAAGAACACACACCCUUCCCCUGGAGGGUAGCCAGAGCUCCCAUUAAUUGCAGGGUUCAGCCUAACCUCAGUACUGGGGGAGCUCAGGAGGGCACUGCUAUUGAACACAGGCCCCAGAGGAUCAAACUACGGAAGAACAUCUAGAUGGACCCCACAAAGGGAAAUUCAGCCUCACCUCUGAGCUUUCUGGGAGGGUCGGCAGGGCAUCCUUCCCACGUCACGCAGAAGCCUUUGGCAGGGUCACUCAGGGGGGGGAAGUCAGUGUCCCUGCGGGACUGCUGCUUUCGAACUCACUCCUCGUUUAAGUAGAAACUGAUGCACGCUGGGCAAAAGCCCUUAACCUCACGCACACGUUCGAUGGGGUCGGAGCCGUCUGUAGCUCAAAAGUCUCGGGGUGAACGUGGCCACCUCGGCAAAGAUGUCGGCCUUGUCGCGGCAGCCGUGGAAAGGGAGGGCAGAGGCCGUGCCAGGGUCAUCAGGAAAGGGGCAGGAAUGCAGCCGCCAGCACGGGGUGCCCUUACAGAAAUCCGUGGAACGCCCACAGGACCCGGAGCGCCAGGUGCGGUUCUGGCCGCCAAGCUGGACAAGGGAUAUCGAGGACCAGGGAGGGCGUGGAAGGGGGCAGGCAAGAGGAUCAGGGGCUCCAACACCGUCCCUGCGAGAAAACGCCUUUUCGCUCUUUCACGGAGCAAGGGGGGCAGGGAGGGGGCACGUUCAAGAAGCUUAAACCUUGCCUGGCCCGGAGAAAGAGCGAGCGGAAGGUUUUCUCCCUCUCUCCGAACACGAAGACAGCCCCCCCCCCCCCCCAUGAGGCGGAUCGCAAGGAGAGUUGAACGGCCAGAAGGAAGCACUCUGAACUCCACAGCGCACAAGGAACCGGUGGGAUUCACUCCCAGAAGAAGUGUUAGUAGAUGGCCACUAAGUGAUACAUUUAUGAUCCAAAGCUGUCAGUCCUGGACUCAGCAUUAGCUCUGGGCUGCAGGCACCAGCAGGUGCAUGCUGUAGCAGUGAGUUCCUCUGACUACGCUGCUGUUGAUGUACCGUGGAAAAAUUUACCUUAUCCCAUAGUAGACGGUUCUAUAAAAGCACCUGAAAUUCUGCAGUGCAGUUUCUUCUCGCUGUGAGGCUCCUGUUCUGCAAUCGAAUGAUUAACCACCUUCAGCAAAUUUUCUCCCCUCAGACCACCAGAAAAAAUCCAUAAUGAAUUAAAAAAUGCUGCUUUUUUUCUCCCUGCUCCUCCCUGGAGCUUCAAGGGAAAUAACUCAUGGGGGAUCUUGCUGCCCCCUUCACUGGGGAAUUGAGCUUUUGCAGGAAGGCCCACUGUCCCCGUCAAGUGGCAUAAAGGGAUGGUCUUUGCAGAAGGAAGGCCUCCCCCCGCAGGGACUUGGGAGAUGGGGGCGAGUUGGAGAUGGCGCAGGAUGGAGCUUUUUCCGCCCUCCCCCUCUCCCCCCAGCCUGAUCAGCAAUACCCAAGGAAGAGAGAGGGUGGCAGACAGGCAGAGGAACGCAGGUCCUCCUUUGUUUGAAGGGCCAGAUCUCCGGAAAGCCUCCUUUUGACCUUGGCAGGGUCAUGUCGCUUUCUUGGAACCUGUGGAAAUGGCCUGCUGUCACCCCCUUUGGGGGUGUUUUUUCAGUCUCCCACCCUGGUGCUUCCUGGUGCUCUCAUCCAGAGAUGACCUUGCGUCGUUUUGUCAAGCUCAGCCACCUUCUGCACCGAGGCCACAAACAGCUGCAUUUUACUUUCGGGUGGCUGCAUAUCCUGAGAAUGUGGGGUUGACUGGAGAGGGACUGAUGCAGCAAUCCGUCCGCCGUGCAGCCUCUUGGAAGGCGUUGGCUGCCUUCUGCCUGGGCGCAAAGGUGAGGAGCGAUGGACGGGCCCCCCGGAUGCUUCCUGGGAACUGUCCUCCUCCUGCCCCGCCUGGGAGUGAACGACCCAGCCUGACCCAGCCCUGAAGACCCUGCAAGAAACUGGGCGGUGUUCGCUUGGCUCCUCCCUGUCCAAGGAUGCGGCCCAGGAGAAGCAGAGGGCCUUUGAGGGGACGUGGACGCGUCACCUUAGAGUCCAAGACGGGACAGAAAGGUGAAGGGAUGUAUGUAUUUGUGGCAUUUACAUCUCAGUGGCUGGGUCCAGACUCAGUUCAGAGCAUCGCUGCACACGUACCCAAGGUUUCAGGAGAUCCCGUUGCAGCCGGCUAAGAGAACCAGCAGUAGGCAGGACGCCAUGGACCAAAGCCUUCCACUCGAAGCAGCACAGGAGGGUUAGGAAAAGGACAGGGAGGCAAGGAGUGCUUUCCAGCGAGCCGAGAUUCAAAGGGGACACGCCACGUCGGGAAUGGCAGGCGGAGAUGCUGCAAAGCCCAGCAGUAGCUGACGUGUGCAGAAGAACUGGGCAGCUGUGGGGCCGCUGGCAGGAGAGAAGCCAGAGCCUCUCAGGAGCCAGAAUCCUCCCAGAUUCCAAAGGGGAAUCAGGUUCAAAGCGGGACAAUUGACAAAAGGAGGGAACAGCAACUCAAGGUGGGUAGCUGCUGACCCCUUCCCGCCAGCCCAUCCAAGAUGCCGGAGCAAAGCAACGACUACCGCGUGGUGGUCUUCGGGGCCGGAGGCGUGGGCAAGAGCUCGCUGGUGCUGCGCUUCGUCAAGGGCACCUUCCGCGACACCUACAUCCCCACCAUCGAGGACACCUAUCGGCAGGUGAUCAGCUGCGACAAGAGCGUCUGCACACUGCAGAUCACCGACACGACCGGCAGCCACCAGUUCCCGGCCAUGCAGCGCCUCUCCAUCUCCAAGGGCCACGCCUUCAUCCUGGUCUUCUCUGUCACCAGCAAACAGUCACUGGAAGAGCUGAAGCCCAUCUACCAGCAGAUCGUGCAGAUCAAGGGCAGCGUGGAGACCUUCCCCGUCAUGCUGGUUGGCAACAAGUGCGACGAGACGCAGCGGGAGGUGGAGACCAGGGAGGGGGAGGCCGUGGCCCAGGAAUGGCGGUGCGCCUUCAUGGAGACCUCGGCCAAGAUGAACUACAACGUCAAGGAGCUCUUCCAGGAGCUGCUCAGCCUGGAGAAGCGCCGCAGCAUGAGCCUCAGCAUCGACGGCAAGCGGUCCAGCAAGCAGAAGCGGACAGAGAAAAUCAAGGGCAAGUGCAGCCUGAUGUGAGUGGCCGGGAGGCGGCAGCCCC